AUGGCUUGCACAGAUGCUCAGGAGGUGUUUUACGAUCCUCAUAUGCUACUAGAGGAGGCUGAGUAUUGGUGGACUAACUCACGUCAGAGAAGGGAAGUUAGUGGUAUUGAGAUUACUUGGGUAGUGUUCGAGACCGCAUUUUUGGAGAAAUAUUUUUCUUCUGAUGUGCAUAGCAAGAAAGAGAUUGAAUUUCUGGGACUGACACAAGGAAAUAUGACUGUGACGGACUAUGCUGCGAAGUUUGAGGAGUUAUCCAGAUUUUGUCUUCAUUACAAUGAGAUAAGGGCUAAAGAAUCCAACAAAUGUCGUAUCAAGGAUAGUCGUGCGAGAUCUGUUUAUUACAAGAGUACCAAUGAUAAGAAAAGUGGUAGUCAGAAUCACGUGAAAUCUUACGUUAUUCCGGAUAGUAAGGAUAAGAAGAAAACUCAGCAGAAGAGUCAAAGUGGGGGAGGAGCUCCUACUUCUCUGAGAUGCUACAAGUACGAUGAGUUUGGGCACCGAAUUUCUGAGUAUCCGAGUGUUACUAAGAAUUGCUUCAAAUGUAAGAAACCAGGUCGUCGAGCUGCCAAGUGUAGAAGUACUAAUGAAUUCAAUCGAGCUAAAGAUGAUGUCGUAAUUGGAGAUGAUAUUAUACUUAUCCCGUAA